GCAUCCUUGCUUUUUUCUAUUAAUAGUUAUGUUUUAAGUGCUACGAACACAUUAUUGGCACAGCAGAUUUUCGUAAAGGCUUUGUCAGCUAACAAUUUAACCAGAACGAUGCCCUACGUCAAACUGUCGGCGCCGGGCGACGUCCAGAUGCCCCUAGUGGGGCUCGGUACGUGGAAAGCUACCAACGAAGAAAUUGACAAAGCCCUUACUACCGCACUAGAUGCCGGUUACAGACAAAUAGAUACUGCCUUCAAUUACAAUAAUGAGGAAGCAAUUGGAUCCGUCUUAAAAAAGUGGAUAAGUUCUGGCAAAGGAAAGAGGGAGAACGUGUUUAUUACCACAAAGUUACCAGUGUUCGGUAAUAGGGCGGGAGAUGUGGAGAAAUAUUUAAAUUGGUCCUUGAAAAACUUGCAGACUGACUAUGUGGACCUGUACUUAAUACACAUGCCCUUUUCCUUAAUUCCAGACGACACCGGUCUAAGUCCAAAGACUAACGAAGAUGGUUCUUUCGUUCUUGAUCUAGAAGCAAAUAACGUAGAAACGUGGAAGGCGAUGGAAAAAUCCUUAAAGGAUGGAAAAAUUCGUGCUCUUGGAGUUUCAAAUUUCAACGCGAUGCAAGUUAAGAAACUUUACGAAAACUCUGAAAUAAAACCGUCAGUUCUACAAGUAGAAUUGCACGCCUAUCUUCAACAAAAAGAUUUGAGAGCUACUUGCAAGGAACUUAACAUUGCUAUCACUGCCUAUGCUCCUCUGGGAAGUCCGCACGCUAAAUCACAUUUUAUCGAAAAAUACAAUUACAAUAAAACGGACUUUCCGGACAUUUUGGGUCAUCCCGUGGUUAAAGAAUUGGCCGAAAAGUACAAUAAAACGACAGGUCAAAUUUUACUCAGACAUUUAGUACAACAGAAUGUUAUUAUCAUUCCAAAAAGUAGCAAUCCAGAAAGAAUUAAACAGAACAUUGAUGUGUUCAAUUUUGAAUUGUCUCCCGAGGACUUGGAACGAUUGAAUGCGUUGGACAGGGGCGAAGACGGACGGAUUUUUGAUUUUAGAUUUUUCAAAGGAAUUACAAAACAUCCCGAAUAUCCUUUUAACUUUAAGGAAGAAUAAGGGACAUGAUUUCAUUCUACGUAAAGGAGGAUCCAAUAUUUACCAAAACUAUGGUUUGUUUUUUUAGAAUAAACACUAUUUAUUACCUUACAAAAUUAAUUUUCCCCCUUUUAUGGUGGUUCUUACACUGAUUUCACCUUAAAAGCGUUAAUUUAAUGUGACGGGGCAAUAAAUAAUGUUUGGUUUUUCAUUCAUAUAAAUAUGCCUUCUGUUUCAUAAUUAACAUUAAAAUUUAAUGUAAAGCUAUUAUACAUAUUUUGGGAAAAAAAACCGU